AUGUCCCCAUAUAAGUUGGUAUUUGGGAAGGCCUGUCACUUGCUAGUAGAACUUGAACAUAAGGCUUUGUGGGCACUGAAACAGCUGAACCUAGACAUUGAGGCUGCGGGCACAACGAGAAUCACUGAAUUGCAUGAGUUUGACGAGUUCCGACAUCUUGCUUUUGAAAGCACAAGGUUGUACAAGAAAAUAAUGAAGAAGUUGCAUAACCAGAACAUUGUUGAGCGAGAUUUCAAACCCGGAGACAUGGUAUUGCUCUAUAACUCAAGAUUACAGUUGUUCCCUAGUAAGCUUAAGUCACGAUGGUCUGGUCCAUUUCGAGUGGUUAAAGUAUUUCCUUCAGGGGCUGUAGAGAUUGCCUCAAAGAAAGACUCUCAUAGGUUUAGAGUCAAUGGGCAGAGGUUGAAGCUAUACAUAGGCAUUAAAGAACCAAAGGAAGUGUCAGAGAUCCACUUGACGGAACCUCAGAGGUCGAGCGAGCCUUAA